AUGCAAAUCACCUCUGUGAUCGAUGUAGUUGCUGAAUACUUCAUCCUCUCACAAUCUGAUGAUGAUCUGGGUCUAGUCCGGCAGGUCAAAAUCAACAUCAACAUCAACAUCAACAUCAACAUCAACAUCAACAUCAACAUCAACAUCAACAUCAACAUCAACAUCAACAUCAACAUCAACAUCAACAUCAACAUCAACAUCAACAUCAACAUCAACAUCAACAUCAACACAUCAACACAUCAACACAUCAACACAUCAACACAUCAACACAUCAGACUCUUUCGCUAUUAUGGCUCAAGUAUUGUUUAA